GCAUCGUCCUCGUCUCCCUGGCAAUCUGGCGUCGACCCUUUGGAACAUAUGCGAAGGCCGCGUCAUUGUAUAUUGGCGAAUCACACUGCGGUGCCGAGAGAAGUCCAAGGCAACUCGGCACGCUUUUGGGAUGUGACUGGCCCGAUAGUGGACGGUUGUGAGACUAGACUCAUUGGCAAAGCCUUACGGUCUGGGGUUGUGUGGAGAUGGGAGGAUUCUUGGACCCGCCAAGCUUCAAGAAGGCUCUGCAAGACUGGGCGCUCAGAUGGCACAUGGUCUUCGGUCAGUCCGUGUUUGUUGCCUCUCGAGAAAAGAGCCGGGCGACAAAGGGGGCUUAGAUCCGUAUUGACGGCCACCCCCUCGGCCGGUGACCGUGGCCACUCGGGCCCUUUUGAGGCCGUAUUUUCGGUAUCGGCGUGGCUUUGGCUUCUCGGAAUAUGUGAAUAUCCACUUGCAUGGAGCCUCUGCGCAGUCCGUAUCCAUGUGGGAAGCUUCAAACCGGAUCCUCAUGACCAACAGGGCCCAGUUGUACCGUCGGCUGCUCGGCUCUUUGGCGGCUUGGCAUGCCUAGACCGAAGGGCUUGGCUUUGCCGCCCCUGACAUCACCCAGGGUCUUCCUCCGUCGCAGGGGUUUUGUUAAUAUGCAGUUGGGCCUUGAAGGCAGAGAGGGCGGUUCGGCAAACAUGGGCCAAGAUGUAUCAGCGAAGCUUUGAAGAGCUCCGGCGUUAGAGCUAAUUUCAACGUGGCGGAUUGAUGCUGGAC